AUGCCUAAUGCGCUCCUCAGCCCACUCGCGGCACAGAGCUUUGGACGGCUCGAAAGCGCCGCGCGCCGGCUCGAGGCAGCCACGGGUCUGCUCCGCGACUUCUCUGGCUGUACGGACAGCGAGGUGGAUUGUGCGAGGUGGGCGCGACAGGGGGAGUGUCAAAACAACCCGGGGUUCAUGUUGACGGGCUGCCGCGCCUCCUGUGCGAGCUGCGAGUCUGAGGCGUGUCACAACAAGCACGACAGCUGCAGGGCGUGGGCCGAGCAGGGCGAGUGCAGCGCCAACACUGACUUCAUGCUGCAGACGUGCCCGUUUGCGUGCGGAGUGUGCGGGGUGAACUACAAGAAGGAGUGCCGGCGUGAGGCGAGCAUGUCUCCCGCCGCCGUGCCCGGCACGGUUGACUCCGUCUUCCGUGAGGCCCUUGAGCGAUACCCGCAGUUCCGGCCUCGCGUCCUCCACACGAAGCCCUGGGUGCUCCUCUUCGAGAAUUUCCUAUCGCCAGAAGAGGUUGACGUCCUCCUGGAGAAGGGUGGGCACAGCUUUGAGCGCUCCCUCGCAGGAGACGGGGUGACGCCGGUCCGCACCUCCUCGACUUCGUGGUGCAAUGUGCGGUCAUGCCUCUCCGACCCAGUGGUGCAGGCCGUGCGCCAGCGCAUCUCAAAUGUGACUCGCGUGCCGUGGGAGUACGCGGAGCACUUGCAGCUGCUAAAGUACGAGCCGGGCCAGUUCUACCGCGAGCACCACGACCAAAACUCGCCGCGACAUUCGGCUUGGGGGCCGCGCCUGUACACGUUCUUCAUGUACCUCUCCGACGUCGAGGAGGGCGGCGAGACUCGCUUCACGCGCCUCAACAUCUCCGUCGCCCCGAGGCGCGGCGCGGCGAUCUUCUGGCCGUCGGUCUCGUCCGACGACCCGAUGCAGACCGAGGAUCGGACAUACCAUGAGGCGUGCACCGUCACCAAGGGCGUCAAGUACUCUGCGAACUUCUGGCGGCCACAGCCACGCGCUUCGCGCGCCACCGCGGGCGGCUGGCUGCACAUGUACGAGUUCCAGCAGGCUCUUGCCCGCGGCUGUGACAACACCAACUACUAUCAGAACGAUAUGCCGCUGCGGCGGAGGCAGGCGGAGGCCCUCGAGUCGGCGGUGGACAUGCCGGUCUACACCGUCGCCGGCGUCGCGGUUGAGUUCCCGUUCGAAGCGUACGAUGUCCAGCUGCUGUACAUGGAGAAGGUAGUGCUCGCACUCCAGCGCGGAGAGCACGCGCUCCUCGAGAGCCCGACCGGCACCGGGAAGACCCUCUGCCUGCUGUGCGCGGCACUCGGGUGGCGCCGGCAGACUGAGCGCGAGGCAAGCACCUCGACGGCCGCUCAGCACCGGCCCGUGACCGCGUGGGCUGAUCAGGGCGCAGCAGGCGGUACCGGCCGGCUGCCUCGCAUCAUCUACAUGUCCCGCACGCACUCGCAGCUCAAGCAGGUCGUGCGCCAGCUGCGGAUGACGGUCCACCGGCCGACGGUGUGCGUCCUCGGCUCGCGCGAGCAGAUGUGUGUGCAUCCCGACGUCCGGGGCAAGACGGGCGUCGAGCAGGUGAGCUGCUGCCAGGCGUUGGUUGCCGCGCAAGCCUGCUCAUUCCACAACGAGCUGCAGCGGCGCAAGGGACCCGCACGCACGGCGCAAGUGCCGCACCCGGAGCGGAGCAAGCCAGCGGCGGCGCGGGAGCUGCCCGACAUCGAAGAUUUUGUGCAAAGCGCCUCGAGCGAGCGGCUGUGCCCCUUCCACUUCGCGCGGGAGCUGCAGACGCAGUCCGAGGUGCUCUUCAUGCCGUACAACUACCUCGUUGACCCCGCCAUGCGCCGCGCACUCAACAUCUCCGUCGCGCACGACGCGCACAACGUCGAGAAGGCGUGUGCCGAGGCAGCAUCCUUCGACCUCGGGCCGAGCGACUUCGCCGGCGCCGUCAAGGAGAUUGACCGCGUCAUCUCGCUCGCCUCUUCCGGCGCUGCGGACGCCGACGGCGAGGAGGGGUGCACGGCUCCGGAGGAGGGCGAGGCCGGCGCGUGGCUAAGCAUGAGGCAGCUCGUCCUCGACAUGGAGGUGGCGAUCGCUGGCUUGCCGCUGCGGCCCGCUCCUCAGGGGGGGUCGCCUCGCUACACGGGCGACGGCCUCGCGCUGCACGCGCUGCUCGCGCCGCUAAACAUCACCGCCGAGACGAGCGACGCGGUCAUUGCCAUGUGCGACGACGCGGGCAAGAAGCUCGCCGCCCGGUGGGGCUCCUCGGCCCACCACCUCCGCCGCUUUGCCGACUUGCUGCGCGUCGUCUUUGGCGCGGCCUCCGAGCCGUCCACCUACCGCGUGUGUGUCACCGAGGCGGCCGAGCUCUCUGGCGCCGCCGGGCGGGGGGCUGCGACAGCGUCCAAGGGCGCACGGCGCAUGUUGGGGUACUGGUGCCAGGACCCGGGCGUGGGAAUGAGGGCGCUCGUGGCUGGCGGAGUGCGGUCGGUCCUGCUCACCUCUGGCACGCUGUCGCCGCUCGGCUCCUUUGCAUCGGAGCUCGGCAUCCCCUUCCCGCACCGGCUCGAGAACCCGCACGUCAUUCGCGCGAAGCAGAUCCUUGUCGGCGUGGUGCCCUCCGGUCCGAGCGGCGUCGAGCUCACCUCGAAGUUCACGCACCGCGAGACGCCUCAGUACAAGGCCGAGCUGGGCAACGCGCUCGUCAACGUAGCGAGGCGCGCGCACGAUAGGCCAGACCGAGUGCUCGUCUUCUUCCCCUCGAUGGCCGCACUGAGUGGCGCCGCCGAGCAGUGGGGCAAGCGCGGGAGCGAUGGAGGGCCGACCGUGCUCGAGCGGCUCGAAAAGCACAAGCGUGUCAUCAUCGAGCCGCGCGGACAGGCAGAGGUGGCACCGGCGCUCGAGCAGCAGGAGGAGUACGAGCACGUCGCCAUUGCCGAGAGGACCGGCGUGGGCGGCGCCGUCCUCUUCGCCGUCUGCCGCGGCCGGCUUUCUGAGGGGGCGACAGUCGACUUUUCUGACUCGGCGUGCCGUGCGGUCGUGAUCACUGGCUUGCCGCUGCCUCCGGUCUACGACCCAAAGGUCGCGCUCAAGCGCGAGUACCUGGACGUUUGCAGGCGGCAUUCGACGGGCCGGCUGAGCGGGCACGAGUGGUACGACCAGCAGGCCAUGCGCGCCGCGAUCGGCCGCGUCAUCCGGCAUGUGCGCGACUAUGGCGCGGUGCUGCUGUUCGAGUCGCGCUUCAAGCUGCCAAAGUACCGAGAGGGGCUCUCGGUCUGGCUCCGCGCCCAUGUGCGCGUGUUUGACCAGUUUGGGCAGGUUGCAGUGGCGCUUCCUCGGUUCUACCGAGAGGCGACUCCCGACGGCCCCACCCCCGAGCAGAGGCGGCUCGCCGAGGCGGUGGCGCAGAGGCAGUCAGUUUCACAGGCGGCGCCGACGGCGCCCGCCCGCCAGCGCGAGAAUCUGCAGUGCCGGCCCGCCGUGCCAGUUGCGUCGGCGCCGGCGCCGCCACCGCUGCUGGACGUGUUGCAGGCUUGCGCGAGCGAAUCGGCGGCGACGCCCAAGGCCCAGGAGCUGGUCGAGAUGGCCAGGAGCGUCUUGUCCAAGGCCGAGUUCAAGGAGUAUAUUGCGAUGCUCCGCGCCCUCAAGGCGCUCGGCCCGCACGGCGCCGCGAACGGCGACGGGAUCGCCGCGGUCAGGGCUCAAGCCCGGGCAAUCUUUGGCCCGGCCGAGUACGUCGCCGUCGCCGAGUCCACUCUGCGGUUUGUGCCGCCCCAGCUUCGCGGGCCACUCCGCAGUGCCUUUCUCCCUGUGGCUGCGGCUGCCAUGUCAACCGACGCCGGCUCGAGGGGUGGAACCUCGAUCGGCUUGAGCAUCAAUCGCCUCGCGAAGCCGCCGUGCGCCAAGGCCUUCAUGCAGUCGGCCGAGGCGUUGAUCGGGAGUGCUGCAGCUUUCCGUGACUUUCAGACCGCCAUCGGACCGCUGCUCUCUCAACUCAAAGCUUGCACUCCGGCCGACGCCGAGCACGUUCUCGGCAAGGUCCACGCACUCUUUUGGAGCGUGCCAGCGCUCCGCAAGCUUCGAGCCUCCUUCGCCGCCUUUUUGCCCCAGGAGCAUGCUGGGGGCUGGGCGCAGACGUGCGCGUCCUUUGCUUACCGAGAGGAAAAGAGCACCACGUGA